UGUUUGCGUUCGUGGUGGUCUCUGCAGCUCGUGCUUGCCGUUAUGCCUGAGCCGGCAAAAUCCGCCCCGGCGUCCAAGAAGGGCUCGAAGAAAGCUGUCACCAAAGCCCAGAAGAAGGACGGCAGGAAGCGCAAGCGCAGCCGCAAGGAGAGCUAUUCCAUCUAUGUGUACAAGGUACUGAAGCAAGUGCACCCGGACACCGGCAUCUCGUCUAAGGCCAUGGGCAUCAUGAACUCGUUCGUCAACGACAUCUUCGAGCGCAUCGCGGGCGAAGCGUCGCGCCUGGCGCAUUACAACAAGCGCUCGACCAUCACCUCCCGGGAGAUCCAGACGGCCGUGCGCCUGCUGCUGCCCGGCGAGCUGGCCAAGCACGCCGUGUCUGAGGGCACCAAGGCGGUCACCAAGUACACCAGCUCCAAGUGAGUGCCUGCCGGGAUGCGGCGCGCGCACGAGUUGCCGGGCCGCUCGACUUUCCAAAGGCUCUUUUCAGAGCCACCCACCUUCUCAGUGGAAGAAGCUGUCAUGUUGUUUUACACGGGUUUUUUGUAGUCCUACUUGGCUUUUUGGUUUCCUCACCUAGUGAA